AUGGCAUCUUCGAGAUUAGGCAUCAGCACUGCUCUGAGAGGUGUCCGCCCCAGUUCCAGAGGACAAUGGCGGCCGCUUGAUCAACAGUUUCAAGCCCUACAGCUUUUCAACGACCCUAAAAGCACGAGAUGUCUCUCCACAGAUGCUGGUUCAUUCGAGGAUUUUCUCAAGACUCAACAAGACCAGGCAAUCCAAGCGGCCCCAGGAAUCAAUCUGGCAGACAUCGUGGAUUUCCGGAACAUUUCCUACGCACGCGCGGUGCCAGUAUCACCGUCCUACUUCUCACGCCAACCUCGGUUCAAUGACAGCUAUCUCGCCCUCCAAAAAUUGAUGCAGAGCUAUGGCAAGCUCCCAGUGGUUUCUACGGGCGAAGUUGAGCGGGUUGCCUGGAAGAGCCUGGUGGAAUUCAGGCAGAUGGUUGGUGAGAGGGUGAAAGCGUCCGACUACGUCAAGUGCCUCGAGAUCAUCAAGCGCCUUCACCGAAUCCACCCCGAGCUCAAGCCUCCUAUCUUCGUAGAGGCGUUCCAGGCUUUCAAGCGCGACAUCCAGCCCUUCACCAACAAGCCGAACCCGAUUCGCAUUGACUGGGUUGGGCGGGCCCUGGGAAUAGGGAGGAGAAAGUCAUCCGUUGCCCGGGCUUAUGUCAUCGAAGGAAACGGCGAAGUCUUGAUUAACGGCAAGACACUAGCCGAUGCUUUCGGGCGGGUUCACGAUCGCGAAAGCGCUGUGUGGGCUCUACGCGCGACUGAUCGGUUGGACAAAUACAACGUCUGGGCACUGGUGGCUGGAGGUGGCACGACUGGGCAGGCAGAAGCUCUCACGCUUGCCAUCGCAAAGGGGUUGAUGGCCCACGAGCCUGCUCUGAAGCCUGCAUUAAGAAGAGCUGGCUGCGUCACGCGCGACAUGAGAAGAGUGGAAAGAAAGAAACACGGCCGUGUGAAGGCCAGAAAGAUGCCAACUUGGGUGAAGAGAUAG